UUAUGAACACUUCGUGUGCAACCUUAGUAUGCUUACUUCACUUUUUGUGCGCGGCAGGUCAGAAUAAAAUAAAUUUUAUUUGCAAUGAUGGACAAAUGAUAAAUAUUGAUCAAAUAUGUAAUGGUAAAAAAAAUUGUGCAGAUGGAUCCGAUGAGACAAUGACCUUAUGUAGACAAAUAAUAUGUCCGCUUAAUGCCGUUCGAUGUCAUUAUGGAGCUUGUGUUUCAAAAAAUGUAGUAUGCGAUGGUGUAAUUGACUGUAUUGAUAAAUCUGAUGAAAGUCAAUGUGGGAGGCAUACACAAAUUUCAAGUUGCGAAGAUAGUGAAUAUCAAUGUUCAUCAGGAGAAUGCAUUUCACUGGAAAAACUAUGUGAUGGAAUCUCAGAUUGUAACGAAAAUUCAGACGAAGCAAGCGUAUGUCAGAAAAUAAAUGCUUGUCCACUUUCUACUCACCGAUGUAAAGUAGGCGGCUGUAUCUACCAAAACCAAAGAUGCGAUGGACACAAAGAUUGCAUCGAUGGAUCUGAUGAAUCAGAGACUCUUUGCAAAUUUUUAAAGUGUCAAACUAGCGAUUGCACAAAAAACAAUUCAUUCGACAACGUUUUCUGCUCGUCGAUUUUAACUGAUAGGAUUAAUGCGAUUUGUGAAAUACCUUUUGGUCCAAAUAAAGGCGUUAUAUCCUGUGACGUACCCUUACCUCCAGGUACCGUUGUUAAUUACGAGUGUAAACCAUAUUAUGUCCCAGCAAAUAAUGUACGUAAACAAAAUCAACAAAUGGUUUGUCAACCAGACGGUACUUGGAAUCGUGAGAUGUUGCGAUGCAUACCUGAUUGUGGUGUUGCCGAACUUGAUAUUUCUCCCCUCAUUGUUAAAGGAUGGAUGGCAAACUCAAUCGCGUUCCCUUGGCAUGCAGUUUUAUUUAUUUUAGAAAAAGGAAAAUGGUCCUUUAUCUGUGGAGGAACUCUUAUUUCUGAAAAGAUAGUCUUAACAGCGGCACACUGUGUUUGGAAGGUUAGUAAACAAAUUUUACAAAUUGGCUUCGGCAAGCAAUACAGUGAAUACUAUAAAAACGAACCAUACGCACAAAUUCGAAAUAUUUCUAAAAUUUUGAUACAGCCAGCAUAUCAAGACCUAUUAGGAAAUUACGGGUCAGAUAUUGCUAUUUUGGUGUUAAGCGUUCCUGUGCAGUUUUCUCCCUUCAUAAGAUCUGUAUGCAUAGACUGGAACUUAAACGAUAUUACAGAACAUCUGGUAGAAAAUCGUCAAGGAUUGAUUGUAGGUAUGGGCGUUACAGAAAAUUAUACAUUUAGCAAUGAACUUAGAGGUACUUAUCUACCUAUUAUAAAUAGCACUGAGUGUAUUAAAAAACAGAAAAGAGACUUCAAGAAAUAUAUCACCUUCACUUCAUUUUGUGCAGGAUGGCAAAAUGGCACUGGAGUUUGUAACGGAGAUAGCGGAGGAGGUCUAGUUUUUUCUAAAAAAAACAACUCACAUAAAUAUACCAUUCAAGGAAUUGUAAGUGUCAGCCCACGGCGCUCUGGAACUUCGUUUUGUGAUCCCAAACAUUAUACCGUUUUUACAAAAGUCGGAAUAUAUAUGCAAUGGAUUUAUGGUGCUUUGCAGGAUAUCCACGAAGGCAAACAUAAUAACUAUGCAAAUAUUGUUAUUUAGUUUAAUUAUGUAAUUUUAAAAAACUUUAUAAAAAGAUUUUUUAUUAGUAUGUGUCAACAGUUAAAAAAUAUGUAAAUUUC